AUGGCAGAUUGUUUGGAUACGCGUAAAAAAUCAAAGUGUAGUUCAAGAACGAACAGAGGGCCAAAGUUACGGACAUGGUUUUGGUGUUUUGUUAUAAAGUUCUUAGGCCUUCCUUGCAUAUUUUCAAAAUGUUUGAGCGUCGAUAUUACAGUGGCAUCAUAUCCAGCGGGCGACAUAAAUGUUCUUUAUGGGCAACCGUUGGAAAUGUUUUGUGUGGCUGAGAAUUAUUCAUCCAGUGACCUCGAAUUUACACUCUCAGGAAAACGCCUGGAGUCAGAGAUUGUAAACAGUUCCACUAUACGCUUGUAUAUUGACAAACCAGAAAAGCAAGUCAACACAUACUAUUGUAAAAAUACUAAAACAAAUAAAAACUGCAUCAACCGAGUGUUAGUAGACUCCCCACCACCUGAUGUAACGGAUUUUAAGUGCAUUUCAAACAAUCUGGAAUCUCUCAACUGCUCCUGGACAAAACCUGAGUCCUUAAGUGCUAUCACAUAUAAUUUGACAUUUGCAGUCAAUGGAAAUUUUGUGACACCACCUUGUACACAUAACAACACUAAAAAAGACCUUACAAAUACAAGAUUUUGUGUAUGGGACUCAAAUAGUACUCCAAGAUAUAGGCAACAGGCAGAUGUCUUAUUCUUUACAUUGAUAUCAUGCAAUGUGUUCGGAUGUAAUAGUCAAAACUACAGUAUUGAUCAUUUUUCAAUUGUAAGACCCGACCCUCCAUUUAAUUUGAAGGAUGUCAAAAUUGGUACACACAGUGUUGUCUUAAAAUGGUGGAUCCCGAAUAACAUAGUUGAUUUCCUUCACUGUGGCAUAGAUCACAAAAUAGAAUAUCAAAUUGCAAAAAUUGAUAACACUACAUUCUUCCAUGAAGUAAAUGCAUCCUCAUUACCAGCCAAGAAUAGGACAUAUAAGUUUCAGCUCACAAAUCUACCUUAUUCCCAUAUGCAAUAUGAAGUAAGAAUAUACAUCAAAUCCAAGAAGGCACCAGAUUCAAAGGAGUUUUGGUCUGAUUUUAGCUAUAAGGUCUUCUAUACAGAUAGUGAGAGACCAAGAAGACCACCGGACACAACUGCUGGUGCUUUUGAUAGAGCUGUGUUUGUCGAUAGAAGAGUAAUAUACAUAUACUGGAAGCAGCUUGAGGAGUAUGAAGAAGCAGGUGCCAAUUUUACGUAUAAAGUGCUGGUAUCUCAAGACAAUAGGACUCAAACUUUGUUUCCAGACAAAAACAAAAGCUUGAGCUAUGUCAUGCUUAACUCGUCUUUGAGUUCUAUGGAUGUGACCAUUUGGUCAUUUAAUCAGAUUGGCUCAUCAUUAAAUAGCAGUCAUUUAUAUAUUCCGUCUGAAAAGAACAUACGUUCUUUAGGAUUAACAUCAUUUACAAAAUUAGCAUAUGAGAAUGGGACAUAUGAACUGGCUUGGGGUGGGAACAAAAGAAUUGACAAUUACACACUGUUUUGGUGCCAACACAACAGCACAAAUAUAUGCAUCGGACAAAUGAACUUUACUGUCCUUGAUCCAACAAAGAGCAGAUAUGUUAUUGACUUACCAAGAGACCAGAGAUAUCAAUUUGCUAUCUCUGCAAAUAAUGGAACUACUACAAGUGGUAUAGUGUGGGCUAAAUGUGAUAUUUCAAAGGAGGGCUUUGUUAUGUACCGUUUCAAUAUGCACUUAAAAUAUGAUGCCCCUGGUAAAUCAUUUGUAAAUCUGAGAUGGGAGAUGGAAUGUGUGUUACAAGAUGGAAUAAUUACUGGCUACAAUAUAAGCUACUGCCCCAUUGUUCAGACAAGCAGCUAUUGUGAUAAGUCUUUUGGAAGUAAGUAUGUAUAUAUUUCCAACCCUAAGCAGAUGAACCAAACAAUUGAGAAUUUAUUACCAUUCAGAACUUAUCAGUUUACAAUAGCUAUAAAUACAAUAUAUGGUCAGAAAACAGUAGAAAAUGCUACUGCUGUGAUAACAACAUCUGAGGACACACCCACAAGUCCUGUCAAUGUGGUAAUAUCAGAUGUACGCAAUGACUCAGUAGUGUUAUCAUGGGAUCCACCAUUACAAAGGAAUGGUAAUAUUGGAAAAUAUGUCAUUUACAAUAACAAAAAUGAGUUCUAUGUUGAUAAGGUUUCUGGAACUGAUAUAUCUAGAAGAAAAGUGAUUCUGACGGGCCUGCAGGGUUUUAGUAACUAUUCAUUCACUGUUCAAGCAUGUAAUAUACCUAUUGGAUUGUGUUCUAAAGAGAGUCGCCCAGAGUAUGUCCGAACUAGAAUUGGGGCUCCCAGCAGGUUAAAAGCACCGGCUCUUGAAAAUAAUCCUGAUAAAUUAAAAUGGGAACCUCCCGAAAUUCCCGGAGGCACUGUUGAUAGGUAUCAGAUAAAAAUAAUUAAAGAUGAUAAUCCACCUGAAAUAAUAAAUACCACCAACCUAUCUUACACAUUAACACAUUGUGAAGGGGUAGUGUCCACUGAGACAUAUCAAGUAAGAGCAGUGAAUUUAGAUGAAGAUUUGUACCAUGGAGUUAUAGGAAAUGCUGUGGUCACAGAGAGAUCGUCAGAUAAUAUUGAAGAGUUUCCUGGUCCCUGGAGUGAACCCAGUACAGUUGCUUGUAGAAGUAGAGAUGGGCUUACCAUGAUCAUAAUAUUUAUGGCUGUAUUUGCUCUAGUGGGAAUGGGUUAUGGAUCUAUCAAAAUAUACAAAAAAUAUAGGAAAAUGGAAGACAUCAAACCAGUUUUACCAUACGGUUUAGGAGAGCCCGAAAAGGACAGGACGAAAUUUCCUUACCCAGAGUGGAAUCCAACCAAUAAAGAUGAAAAGCCUUCAUCUGAUGAAAUGCUUCUUUUGCCCAACAGCAAGACCAACACGGUAUCGUCUACUGAAACGAAAGAAAAGGAUGAUAACUGUGCUGCUAGUGAUCACACUGAUAGCACUGCCCUAUCUGAUUCAUCUGCUGGGCAAGUAGAUCGUCAAAUCUCGACAUCCGACGAUAGCUCGAAUUCGUCGUUGCACCUAGAAGCAGAGGUUGAUAAGGGUGACGAGAGCACAAUAGUGCAGGAGGACUCAUCUAACGAAGACUCGGAGAGCUCGCGAGAGAGCUCGCCCUACUUUAGUGAUAAGAAUUUCAAGAAAAAUCCGACAAGCGGCUACGUUUUGCCCGUGGUGAAUCCAGUUUCUGGUUAUGUUCAGUCUGCACCCGCGCCCGUUAAGACUUCGCCGAUGCCGCAGAUGCCAAACCCACAGCCUACGACGUCGAGCUACGUUAUGGCGGGUUUGCCCCCACCACUGUUCACGACUCGUCCGAACCCCGCCCCCUCUUCGGGAUACGUGAUGCCCGAGGACGUCCAGGCGAAAUCUAUGUCAAGUUUUCCUAAGUUAACGCCGACGGCACCCAAAGAAAUGGGGCCAGAAAGCUUGCCAACGUUGCCUACCUUGCCACCACCGGUUAAACCCAGCGCAGAUAGUAGCUAUAUACAAUUGCAAUCAUUAGAUUCGUUGCCUAGUCUUAAACCGAGCGUAAGGAAUACAGUGCCAUUGAAACCGCCCGCGUCCAGCGGGUACGUUAGUCAGGGAGACGUCGUCAUCAACAAGCACCUGAACCAUAUGUUGUCCGCGGGUCAGCUCGCUGAGGAAUCCGCCAUUUUGGACCCGACGAUGUCCCCGGACGCCUACUGUCGUUUCUCGUGGAGCACGGACCCGGCUAACGACAACCUUCACUCGCUUCUCGCCGAAUCGCCUAAUAGAAACGUAUCGAAGAAUUAA